CAGGAGCUGCGCCGCUUCCUCCAGAGCUUGGGAACCUUGGACGUGGCGAGGCGGUCGAAGGUUGGAGCGCCGCACAUAGAGGUCCCUCGGGCGGACCUUCUGCGCCGCAGUCUAGCCAGGGAGCGCCGACGCUUCUUUCCAGGGAGCGCAGUCGCUGGCGUGGCGUCAUUCCCGUGGCUUCUCUGCUCCGGCUCAGCUCGGGGCGGGGCAGGAGGAUGGCUUCGGAGAUGGAGUCGUCGCUGGAGGUCAGCUUCUCGUCCAGCUGUGCGGUGUCAGGGGCGUCUGGGUGUUUGCCUCCCGCCCGCUCCCGCAUCUUCAAGAUCAUAGUGAUCGGCGAUUCGAACGUGGGCAAGACGUGCCUGACUUACCGCUUCUGCGCCGGCCGCUUCCCCGACCGCACCGAGGCCACGAUCGGGGUAGACUUCCGAGAGCGAGCCGUGGAUAUUGAUGGAGAGCGCAUCAAGAUCCAGCUGUGGGACACUGCAGGGCAGGAGCGGUUCAGGAAGAGCAUGGUGCAGCACUACUACAGGAACGUGCAUGCUGUCGUCUUUGUGUAUGACAUGACCAACAUGGCUAGCUUCCACAGCCUGCCAUCUUGGAUAGAGGAAUGCAAACAGCAUUUGCUGGCAAAUGACAUACCUCGCAUCCUGGUGGGAAAUAAAUGUGACUUGAGAAGCGCCAUUCAGGUGCCCACAGACUUGGCACAAAAGUUUGCAGACACACACAGUAUGCCUUUGUUUGAGACCUCUGCUAAAAACCCCAAUGAUAACGACCACGUAGAAGCUAUAUUUAUGACGUUGGCUCAUAAGCUAAAGAGCCACAAACCGUUGAUGCUUAGCCAGCUGCCUGAUAACAGAAUUAGCCUGAAACCAGAAACAAAACCUGCAGUGACCUGCUGGUGCUAAGUCAUAGGUGCGGCCAUUAUGGGUCUGGCUUACCUGAAGAGAAGCUUGUGACGUGUGACAGUGAUUAAAUUCCUAAGAGUAAAUCUUAAAUGUAAUGGAUCAUCCUUCUGUUAUCAUUGUUACAAUGCCUUUUGUACUUUGCAUCCUCUUUAUCAAGUUUGUCACUGAGACAGCACAUGGAAAAGACCACUUUACAGAGGGGAUUGAAAAUGAAGCAAAAAUGAGACAACUGGGGCCAUCUUUCCAGUUCCAGCCAGAUGCAGCAGCUUCAAGUGAACGUGAUGGAACUUAAAGGGUUGGUGGUGUUCCUCUGUAUCCCUGCAGCAGCAGGCGCCAUGCUGGGUGAUGCACACAUGCAGAGCAGAGCUGGAGCAAGCUGCAAGCUAAUAGGGUGCUGUAUUUACUCUGUAUCUUUAAGCACUAAAAACUAGUCAGACGAAAGCAAGCAGUUGUAACAGGAGUUACUUUAGUCAUGACAUUUAAUCAAAAAUAUCAGGUAUCUAAAAGCUGGUUUCUGGUGCCCAGUCCUCUGUUCCCGGUCAGUUGGUGACUCGGAGCUGCUUUCAGUCAGCACCCAUUUGGCUGGGGCUCUACAUGGAUUCCUGUAAUAAUGUUGUUGGAUGAGUUUUUUAAAUGUGUGAAUUUUAUGGCCUUGGUAUAAAAAUUGAUAAAACAAACUGUCCCCUGGUAUAAAAAUGAGUUAAAUAUUGAAAAAUGUCUUACCUGUCCCUCAAUGAUGAGAUGGUUUAGAAAGUUUUUUUUUUUUUGCCCUAAGUACUUAUAGUUUGAAUUUAAGACUUUGCACAAAGAAAAUAGCAUGUUUACAUACGAAGGUGUUAGCAGAGUGGUGUGUAAGCUGCGCUCAGCCUAAGUCCGCACAUCCUUGUUGUGACAGCUUGCAACCCUUGGCAGUUUUAGGGGAAACAAAGCCAAAAUAUGUUUUACUUAAAUAUUUUCAUAAUGUGGGAAACAAGUGUAAUCCAACUAGUUUCAGGUUUUUGUUUCAUUAUUCUGAAGGUCCCAAAUGGAUAAUUCAGUUAUGAAAGCAAAAUUUUUCUAAUAAACUAAAUGAAAGUAACUUAAGGGAUGAUUGUAGAAUUUAAAUAUUAAUUCAGUAAAUAUAAUGAAAUGAAGAUCAGGGCCCAGGUUGGCCUUUGUAGUUAGAAAGAUCUUUCUUUAGUUCUUUCUUUCUUUCUUUCUUUUUUAAUACAAGGCCUCUCUUUGUAGACCUGGCUGGCCUGGGACCAGGGUGGCCUCCGACUUAGAAAUGCCACCCUGCUUCAUCCUCCAAUGGCUGGAGAUUAAAGGCUUCUGUCACCAGGACUGGCCCAAUACAUUUUUAUCACGCCAGAAUUAAAGAUUUAAGAUUGUCUUCUAUCUAAAUGAAUGCUGACUUGUGAACUGUUUUCCUAGUGAUACAUAAUGGCGGCAGUGACAGGCGGCUGGAGAUGUUUGUACAGAGGAGAGUCUGUUCAUUGUUCUUCAACACUCUGUACACUGGAGGACAGAGCUGAUCUGUUCUUUAAGCACAUCUAUGGUUUCCUUCUGUAUUGUUUCAGGACUGUUUUCUCAGAACUGUUAAUUAAUAAUUUUUCUUUUUAAAGUAACUUUUCUUAAUGAACAUUCUUUACAAUUCUGUGAAAAGCAUAAUUUUUUCAUUUUAGUAUUUAUUAAUGAAAACAUAUUUGUAUCUCAUUUGUAACGACCUACCACUUUAGUUUUUAGUUUUUUAUUUGAAAAAGAUACAUAUCAUGUGAGCAGAGAUAAUCCCUUUAGAUAUAGUCCAAAGUGUUUGUAAAGCACUUUUUUGACUGUUGAUAUUACUUUCAAAAUGAUGGUGAGCUGACAUCUAGUUAUUUUUUUAAGCACAAAUCACACAUUUUGUACAUCUGUGAUUUUAUUUUGGCUGACAUUUAAUUGGAAGUGUUAGAUGUUUUAGAAAAAAAAUCUUAAUUUGCGAACUCGUUUGGCAUCUGUUGUGGUUGGCCACAGACUGCUUGAUUGACAGUGUAUGGCUCUUUCAUGUUCUCUGUUAGCAGUUUUGCUGUGGAGCAGUGUCACUCUUAAUCCUUCUCCCAUAACGCACAAUAAAUCAUCUUGGCCAUGAA